ACAUGGUCAAAGGCAGGAAGUCAGAGUCGCACGCAGUCUCUGACAGGUUCUUGUGUGUCGGGAGAUAUUGACGAGGAAGACAACACCAGCUGUCACACAGGGACCACAAAUGAAUCAAAAAGGGCCAGGAAGAGAAGAAAGCGCAGAGAGCAAGCUAACAAAGCAGCAGAAGCAGAACUUGCUGAAAUAUCAUUAGAGCAGCAGUGGUUGAAAGAGGUGGGGCUGAAAAAACCACCCAAUCACAGAACAGCAGAAGGGGGAGUUGGGAAAGCUACACCUGGCUUGAUAACCAAUUCCUAUGUGAUUAAUGAAGCUAAAAAACAGACAAGUGGCAAGGGUGGAGAUAGGAAGUCUCAGCAGCCAAUAGCGUUUGAUAUAGCUGCCAUGAUUGAUGCUAUACAGAAAAAACCGGUUGUGUCACCUACUUCAACUUUAACCAGAUCACAGCAUGCAAACUCCAUGGUGCCAAAGAAAGAGCAAGUCACAGUUGGCACUGCAUCUUUAAAUUUACCUGGCAAUAUGUUGGAUUCAUCAGCACCAUUGCUAAAACGAGGUAAAGAAAGAGAGGUAGGAAAAACCAAAAAGCCAAGUCCAUUGAAGAAAGUCAUCUUGAAAGAGAGAGAACAGCGCAAAAGGCUGAUGCUGCUUGAUGAGGAUCCAGACUCUGCUGCUGGCCUUGGAAAUGUUGGAGCUUCAUCUGGAGUGGGCAUCGUUGGUGGGGAGAGUGAGCUUAGCCAAGAUGCUCUCAGCAACAAGUCUGGGGAUACAAGCAGUGGUGACGCAAACGGUGGAGCUGAACUUUCUGCAGAUUUCUCACCCAUAAGUCAGACUUCUCCCAUUUCAAUGUCACCGGCCUCACCUGGAAAUUCUGGAGUGAAUUCUCCCAUUACAGGAUCAGUAGGUCGUGAUCCAGUUGUGAUGAAGAUCCAUAGUCGAAGAUUUCGAGAAUACUGCACCCAGAUCCUGGACAAAGAGAUAGACCAGUGCUGUACCUCCUUGCUGCAAGAUCUGGUCAAGUUUCAGGACAGGAUGUACCAUAAGGAUCCUGUUAAGGCAAAAUCGAAGAGAAGGCUUGUCUUGGGUUUACGAGAGGUCACCAAACAUCUGAAGCUGAAGAAAAUUAAAUGUGUGGUGAUCUCCCCUAAUUUAGAGAAAAUUCAGUCCAAAGGAGGAUUAGAUGAAGCUCUCAACAACAUCUUGAACAUGUGCCGGGAACAGAAUGUGCCUUUCGUGUUUGCUCUUGGGCGGCGAGCACUUGGCAGAGCAUGUGCCAAACUGGUGCCCGUCAGUGUGGUUGGGAUAUUCAAUUAUGAAGGAUGCGAGAGCAAGUACCAAAGUCUCAUCUCCUUGACGGCAGCUGCAAGAAGUGCUUACAAUGAAAUGGUUCUGGCUGUGGAGAAGGAAGUGGCAGAGUAUCCUACCAUGUUAUCACAGACUUCCAGCAUUGGUGGAGUACCUGGACUCUUUGCAGCUCACAUGGGACAUUCCAGGACUCCGUCUGGAUGCAGUGCCAUCUCUUUCACCAGCUCCAUCUUGUCUGAGCCAAUAUCGGAGAAUUUCCCACACGCUGAACCUGAAGUGGACAGUAAA